CUCAACACAAUUCAACCAAAUUUGACUCAUUUUCCUUAUAACUUUUCAAACAUUACAAAACAAAAUCACCCUUUAUUCAAAGCAGGAAAACACAAUUAAUAUAAAUCAAAUCACCCGAUACUCAGAGCAGAAAAUACAAAUACACAAAUCACUCCAUACUCAAAGCAGGAUGGAGUCGAAAGCCUACGAAAACGAUAAUCACAUUUUCCGAUCCAAACUACCCGACAUCCCCAUACCCGACCACCUUCCCGUCCACGCGUACAUCUUCCAAAACCUCCACCGCCACCCGUCCCGCCCGGCCCUCAUCGACUCCGCCACCGGAAAAACUCUCACCCACUCGGAAGUCGAGCUCGCCGCCGGGAAAUUGGCCGCCGGCCUCCACGGCCGCCUCGGAAUCCGGCGAGGCCACGUCAUCAUGCUCCUCCUCCACAACUCGCCGGAGUUCGUAAUCUCGUUCCUCGCCGCCUCCAUGGCCGGCGCCACCGUCACCACCGCGAAUCCCAACUACACCGCCUCGGAAAUCGCUUCGCAGGCGGCGGUUUCCGGUCCGGCGGUGGUCAUCACCCACUCGAGCUACGCCGGAAAGGUGACAUCAUCGAGCGGCGCGAGGAAUCCGAUAGUCCUCACGAUCGACUCCCGGAGAUUCUCCGAGCUGGAGGAAUCCGACGAGAGGUUGUUGCCGGAAUCCGGCGGCGGCCGAUCCUCCGACACGGCGGCGCUCCUCUUCUCGUCCGGGACUACGGGGAUGCCGAAGGCGGUGAUGCUGAGCCACCGGAACUUGGUGGCGUGCCUGGCGCAGAAAGGGGGAGGGGAGAACCCGAACUUCCACGUGGACGGGGAGCGUGACGUGGCGCUAUGCGUGCUGCCGCUGUUCCACGUGUUCUCGCUGGCGAUGGUGCUUGUUGUCAUAAGAGCGGGGGCAGCCGUGGUAAUUAUGCCGAGGUUCGAAGUCGGGGCGGUUUUGGAAGCGAUCGGGAGGUAUCGGGUGACGAUAGCGCCGCUCGUGCCGCCGGCGCUGCUGGCAAUUGUCAAGAGUUCCGCGGCUGGCGGCGGGAAGUAUGACCUGUCGACAGUGAGGAAGGUGUACAGUGGGGCGGCGCCGAUGGGGAGGGAGCUGGAAGCCGCCGUCAGGGAAAGGCUCCCAAACGCCGUAAUCGGCCAGGGUUAUGGCAUGACAGAAGCUGGAGUAAUAUCAAUUAGUCUAGGAUUUGCCAAAAAACCAUUCGGGUUCAAAUCGGGUUCGUGUGGAACUGUAGUUAGAAAUGUGGAGAUGAAGGUGAUUGACCCGUUGACCGGAGCAUCUCUUUCAAGGAACCAAAAGGGGGAGAUUUGUGUAAGAGGAGUCUCCAUAAUGAAAGGUUAUUAUAACGACCUUGAGGCGACCAAGAGAACAAUCGACGGUGAUGGAUGGCUACACACGGGGGACAUUGGGUACGUGGACGAUGACGAUGAAUUGUUCAUUGUGGAUAGGUUGAAAGAACUCAUCAAGUACAAAGGCUUCCACGUGGCGCCUGCAGAAUUAGAAGCUUUGCUCAUUGCGCAUCCGUCCAUAUCUGAUGCUGCCGUGGCGCCUGCAGAAUUAGAAGCUUUGCUCAUUGCGCAUCCGUCCAUAUCUGAUGCUGCCGUUGUGCCCAUGAAGGAUGAGGCCGCCGGUGAAGUUCCAGUUGCGUUUGUGGUUCCGACGAACGGUUCGAAUAUUUCAGAGGAGGAUAUCAAGCAAAAAAAAAAACACAUUGUGGUAUCUUAUAAGCAGAUUAAUAGGGUGUUUUUCACUAAGGAAAUCCCAAGAGCCCCAUCGGGGAAAAUAUUGAGGAAAAAUCUGAGGUCAAGGAUUUAAUGGUGAAAUAAACUUUGGAAAUUAAGUGAACUUUUGCACUUUUAUUUACAGUUACUUUUAAUAAUUUUAUUUGUUUGUAAUGUGACGAUGAGAACUAUAUCGAAGGAUCAUUUGGUGAGUUCAUUAACUAUACAAUAAUUUCGUAUCCAUUGGUUAAGUAUGGGAAUAGGUCUAAUUUUUGGGUAACUUUGAUUUUAUCGGUGACUACAUUGUAAUCAUCGAGUUUUUUUUUAC